UGAUAGAGCAUACUACUGGAUUAAUCAAAUUCAUUUAUUUACAUUAUGUAGUAUGUGAACCAUAACCGCAAACCCCGCCGCUUAACACAUUCUUCAUCACAUCACAUUUCUUUGAAUCCAUUUCUUGUUCCUCACUUUACCCAUCAAAUCAAAUCAAAUCAAAUCCAUUUUCUUCUUUUACCUUCACCGUUAGGGUUUAGGGUUUUUCAAUUUUCACCAUGAAAGCCAAAUUGAUCGUCUUCCCAAUACGAGGCAGAAACUGGUGUUUCACCAGAUCCAUUGAUCACACUCUCCCCGCUUCUUCCUCCACCGCCGAUUUCUCUCAAUCCCCUUCCACUCUCAAACAACUUUGGAAAUCCAUCAACACUGGCGAUAAACCCUUCAACGCCAAAGCUGAACUUUUUACUGAUUAUGUCGCUAACAAGAUGAAUAAUGGUUGGGUUACUUUGGAAAAUGCACCUGAUGGAUCUUUCAAGAAGAAGAUUCAUGGGUUGGGUUUGUGGCUAUUGUCUCGUGUUAAGCCAUCUGAGAUUUUUUUGAAAUCUAUAUCAAAGGAUGUUACUGGUGUUGAAGUCGUUUACCCAUCAAGUAUGAAUGCUCGACUUGUUCGUCGUAGACUACGACAUAUUGCGAUGAGGGGCACAAUUAUACACCGGAAGUUCUUUUAUGGUUCAGUUUCAUUGAUUCCUCUGUCUUCUGCAUUUAGCGUACGUAUGUGUUCCGUUAAGAUUUUACCUUUGCCUAAUGUCCCAUUCUUCUGGAUUUUAUUCCGCUCGUAUUCUCAUUGGAGGGCCCUUCAGGGAAGUGAGAAGCUGUUUCAACUAGUCUCAGAUGGCAGCCAGUCUUCAAAUACUUACUCGGGUAAGAAGGAAACUGAGCAUGAAGACUCUGAAAAUGAAAGCCUUGGUUUGGAUGAACCACAUUGGGUUUUGACUCCAUCCAAAGAGCUUGAGAAUAUUGUUCGGCAAGAGGAUGGGAAUGAUGGCCUUAGUAGAGGCACCAUCGAAGAAAUUUGCAAGAUAUAUGAUUUGAACACCCAAGAUGUCGUCAAAUACGAAAAGUCUACUUUUUAAUCACCAGAUUUGUAAUACAGGUUUUUGCAUAGACAUUUUUUGACUCAUUUUUAGGGAGGCGCCAACUUACUCAGACUUAUCAAUGAAUUUCUUUGUCAAUAACAAAUCUUUGAUAGUGAAAGGUUAACGGUAUGAAUUUGUAUAAAGAAUUCUUUUAAUGUGUUUAUGAGUAUCUAAUGAUAUUAAUGGUGAUGUUUUUGCAA